AUGAACCCACUCGUCCUCUUCGUUCAACCGAAGCAGGAAAACAGGAAGCAGGAGCUGCAGGCAAGGCUUCCCCUCUUCCUCCUCCUCCUCCUCCUCCUCCUGCUGUUCUCCUUGGCGCGCGGGUACGUGUUGCCAGUCCGGUUCGCCCGGGUCACGAGGCGGAUCUUCGGCGACGCCAUUGGCUCCGCGGCGGGCCAGCGCCUCCCUCCCGCCCCUCGGCAGACUGACUCCGCCGAGGAAGGAAGAGGCAAGAAGGAAAGGCGGCGGGAAGGAAGGGAGGGAAGCCGGGAGGAAGGGGACAGGCUGCGGGUUGCAAUGGCCUCCGAGGCGCCCCCGGGACGGAAGCGCAUCCUCUGCCUCUUCGACGUGGACGGGACCCUCACGCCGCCGCGCCAGAAAAUUGAGCCAGAAGUCGCAGAAUUUCUUCAAGAGUUGCGUAACAGAGUGACGAUCGGUGUGGUGGGCGGCUCAGACUACUCCAAGAUAGCCGAGCAGCUGGGAGAAGGUGAUGAAGUCAUCGACAAGUUUGAUUAUGUCUUUGCGGAAAAUGGUACGGUGCAGUACAAGAAUGGGCAGCUAGUCUCCAAGCAGGCUAUCCAAAACCACCUUGGGGAGGAACUUCUGCAGGAACUAAUCAAUUUCUGUCUCAGCUACAUGGCUCUUCUAAAGCUACCCAAGAAACGGGGCACCUUCAUAGAAUUCCGCAAUGGGAUGUUGAACAUCUCUCCCAUUGGUCGGAGCUGCACUUUGGAGGAACGAAUCGAAUUUUCUGAGCUGGACAAGAAAGAAAAGAUCCGAGAGAAAUUUGUAGCUGCCUUGCAGAGGGAGUUUGCUGGCAAGGGUCUGCGGUUUUCUCGGGGUGGCAUGAUUAGUUUUGACGUUUUCCCAGAAGGCUGGGAUAAGCGUUAUUGUCUCGACAUCCUUGAUGAUGAGAGUUUUGACACUAUUCAUUUCUUUGGGAAUGAGACAAGCCCUGGUGGGAAUGAUUAUGAAAUCUACGAUGACCCCCGCACGGUAGGACAUAGUAUCCAGUCUCCUCGGGACACAGUCCGACGGUGUCGAGAGAUCUUCUUUCCAGAGACAGUGAACGAAUCGUGACUUGUGGGCCCUUGCUGCUGGUCUUCACCUCUCAAAGGAGAACCUCACUCACAUUGUGAAAGCACUUUCUGGAUCCCUUCAGGACUCACUGGAGCUCAAGGUCAAAAUGCACUUUGGAAACAGAGGUGAAGUGUUAAGAGCGGGAGGGAGAUAAUCGCCCUUCAGCUGUAGCACCCUCACCCCUUGCUGCUGGGGACCUGUCGGAUUUUUCCCAAUUUCCUUACCCCCUUAAAAGAAACGAGGUUAAGCUUUAUAUUUUUCUGGAAAGGAAACGUGUGCUUAUUCUGGCCUUUGGCUGUUUUGUUUUGUUUGGUGGAAGCAAGUAAAUAAAUUUGCCCAAAUAAUUCUAUUUUUGAGAUUAAUCUCAGACUCUAGAAAUACUAUUUUAAAGGGAAAAGAGCCUGAGGUUUCAAAGUUUAGAACUUGACAAGUAUUUUCAUAUUCCCCAACAGUCAAGUUGGCCUGCCAGUUACUUUUUUGAAAAGUUCAGAGUAGCUUCUCUUUAAGCCAAUAAUGGAAGUGGUAAAGGAGAUUGUGGUUUUGAACAUAAUGGCUCCAGUCUGGCAUUUAAAAAGGUAUUGACACCUGACUAUGUGUGCCAGAAUGCAGACAGAAUGCACAAUUAGAUGCGAAUUCUAUUGGAAUUGAUGCAGUAAGGAUGCUGGCAUCCAUAUGCAGAUGUAAUGUGAGAUGUUCAUGUCAUUCUUGCUUAUGGCUUCCAAACUAGCAAACUAUAUGUGUGCAGAAAUCUGCUCCUGUAUGCAGCUCUCCUUGGCUUUGGAUUUGUGUAAGCAGAAUCCAGAUACAUCCACUCCAUGAUCUAUGAGCAAGAUGUGUAUUGUGUUGUUGUAAUGGAAAAUUAGGGAAAGUAUGACAUGUUCAUUUUAACACCAGAAUUAAAUAGGUGUUAUUACUGAAAUUAGUGCAUGCAUGCAUGGAAUAUUAUGAGCUGGAUUUGUAGUAACCACACUGAAAUAGCCAUAACUUUAGCUGAUCUAAACUGGGCUUACUAAUGCACAAACGUUUGCAGAGGCUUUAAUUGUCAUGUUUGCUUACAGAGCAAUCUUAAAAAAUGAGGGUGAAGUGGCAAACGAAAUGUUCUGUUAGCAAAGACUAGUCAGAGCAGAAAGAGCUUACCUGUGGCAUAAAUAAUGCGCCCCACCUUCAGGCCAACUAGAGGAGGGAAGGGCCUUUGAAUCUGCCUCCAGUUUGAUUGCACUCCAGAAUGCCCCACUUUGGGGUUCAUCACCAACAGUACAUAUAUAGCUGUAGAGCUUUCUAAUGAACUAUCUUUGGCUGAGAGGCUGAUCCACUCAUAUCACUCCACAAAAGCAAAAUUCUCAGAAUUGUUCUCAGAGGCCCCUUCUACACUGCCAUAUAAAAUCCAGAUUAUCUGCUUUGAACUGGAUUAUAUGGCAGCAUAGACUCAUAUAAUCCAGUUCAAAGCAGAUAAUGUGGAUUAUCUGAUUUGAUAAUCUGGAUUAUAUGGUGGUGUAGAAGGAGCCUGAGACAUCUGAUUGAACAUAGAUUCAAGAAUACAGUUUUCCUUCCAGGUUUGUAUACACAAUAAUUAUAAUUUCUGAUUUUCUACAUAUGAUUUGCAUACAUAUAGUCUACUCCAAAAUAAGUUACAUAGAGUUGCUCCCAAAUAAAUACAGGAUUGCAGCCUAAAAUUUCAAUUCUAAACUACUUUAUCUCUCCAUAGAGAUGGCUCAAACCUUAGAAUUAUAGAAUAGAGUUGGAAGAGAUAACGUUGGUCAUCUAGUCCAACCCUCUGCCAUACAGGAACCAAUGUGCCCCUGACAGAGAGCCAUCCAGCCUCUGUUUCAAAGUUUCCAAGGAAGGAACUGCCACCAAACUACGAGGCAGAGAGUUCCACUGUUGAACAGCUCGUACGGUCAGGAAGUUCUUCCUUAUAUUCAGGUGGAAUCUAAUUUCCUGUAAUUUGAACCCAUUGCCCCAGGUCCUAGUUUCAAAGACAGUAGAAAACAAAUCUGCCUCUUCCUUGCGACAUCCUCUCACACAUUUAUACAUGGCUAUCAUGUCUCCUCUCAACCUUCUCUUCUGUAGACUAAACAUACCCAGUUCUUUAAGACGCUCCUCAUAGGGCCUAGUCUCCAGACCUUUGAUCAUUUUUGUCACCCUCCUCUGGACAUCUUCCAGCUUGUCGAUAUCUCUGUGGUGCCCAGAAUUGGACACAGUAUUCCAGGUGAGGUCUAACUAAAGCAAAUUAGAGAGGCAUCAUGACUUCCCUUGAUCUAGACACUAUACUCCUUUUGAUCCCAUUAGCUUUAUUAGCUGCUGAAUCACACUGUUGGCUUAUGUUCAACUUAUUGUCCAUGAGGACUCCACAAGAACUUUCUCACAUGUACUGUUGUCAAGCUAGGCAUCACCCAUCCUGUAUCCUUGCAUUUCAUUUUUUCUGCCUAAGUGUAGUAUCUUGCAUUUGUCCUUGUUGAAAUUCAUUUUUUGUUGUUCUGGCCCAGCUCUAAUCUGAUAAGGUGAUUUUGAAUUCUGAUCCUGUCCUCUGGAGUAUUAGCUAUCCCUCCCAAUUUGGUGUCAUCUGCAAACUUGAUAAGCAUGCCCUCUAUACCUUCAUCCAAGUCAUUAAUAAAGAUGUUGAACAGUACUGGGCACAGGACCGAACCCUGCAGCACUCCACUUGUCACUACUUUCCAAGAUAAAGAGAAACCAUUGAUGAGCACCCUUUGGGUUUGGUCGCUUAACCCAAUUAUAGAUCCACCUAAUAGUAGCAUUGCCUAGCCCACAUUUGACUAGUUCGCUUGAAAGGUCAUGGGGGACUUUAUCAAAGGCCUUACUGAAAUCAAUAUGCUACAUCCAAAGCAUUCCCUGCAUCUACCAUGCUUGUAACUCUAUCGAAAAAAGAGAUAAGAUUAGUCUGGCAUGAGAAAUCCAUGUUGACUUUGAGUAAUCACAGCAUUCCUUUCUACUGCAAGUGAUUGCAGACUGCCUCCUUAAUGAUCCGCUCCAGAAUUUUUCCUGGUAUUGAUAUCAGGCUGACAGUUUGGGUCCUCUUUGUUCCCUUCUUGAAGACAGGGACAACAUUUGCCCUCCUUCAGCCUGCUGGGACUUCUCCUGCUCUCCAGAAUUCUCAGAGAUUAUUGCCAGUGGUUCACAUUUUCCCUAAAACACUUUACAUGAUUUAAAUUAUCCUCUGUGUAGAUAGGGAUGGAGUCUCCAGAAGCACUGGUCACCAUUAAUAUUAAUAUAACAGGCUGAUAUCUGCUAGUUUUAGACUGGCAUGAAGCUGAAAGAAAUAAAAACAAUAAAGUGUGGAAUAUGACCUCCUUGCGUGGAAGAAGCCACUUAAGUUUCUUUUGAAGUUUCUUUGUUUAUGCCAAGGAAAGAAAAUGCUUUCUGUCACAGCAUGCUGUCCUUAAAGGAUAAUAGCAACAGCAGUGACGGUUAAUUCCAAAUUGAGCAUUAUGAUGAUUCUUGUGUUUUUGUAGCUGUGUGUGGCUUCGGUUACAUAUAUCUUAUAAUCGUGCUUUCUCCUUCACAAUCCCUUGGAAAAGUGGAAGCAAAGCACUGUGUAAUUUCAAGGCCAUAAGGGCACUGAGUCCAAUUCCUGCCAUGGAGGAGCACACAAUCAAAGCACUCCCGAUAGAUGGACAUCCAGCCUCUGUCUGAAAACCUCCAGAGAAGGAGACUCCGCCACACUCCGAGGCAGCAUAUUGCAUUGGUGAACAGCUUUAACCAUCAGGAGGUUUUUUCUAAUUUUACAUGGAAUCUUUUUUCUUUUGCAAUUUGAAUUCAUUGCUCUGUGUUCUAGUCUGUAGAGUAGCAGAAUAUGACAUCCUUUCAAAUAUAUAAACAGGCAUAUCAUUUUCCCUCUCGGCCCUCUCUCUUCUAAGCUAAACAUACCCAGCUUCCUCAGUCGCUCCUCAUAAGGCUCUGUUUCCAGACCUUUGACCAUUUUGAUUGCCUUUCUCUGUACACUUUCCAGCUUAUCAAUAUCCUUCUUACAUUGUGGUGCCCAGAAUUGGACACAGUAUUCCAGGUAAGGUCUAACCAAAGAAGAAUAGAGUGGUACUAUUACUUCCCUUGAUCUAGAUACUAAACUUCUAUUGGUGUGGCCUAGAAUCACAUUGGCUUUUUCUUAUUUUUUUAAAUUUACUGGCUCUGAUGGGUGAGAUUUACAUCAGCAGCAAACAAGCAACUUCAUUAGCUAGGAAGUUUCUGUAUCAUCUCGUGGCUUGUUUAGACAGCUCACUCACUGCAAACCCGUCUGUUUUCAUCUUUUUCUGUAAUGAGAGAUGAUAUAUAGGUUUAUUUUACCAUAAAAGGCACGCUGUAGGAAAUGCACAGGGACCAAUCCAAACAGUCUGCUACACAAUAUACGAGGGUGGGUAAAAAGUUUUAAGCCCUGUGUCAUAAAAAUGUUAUGAAUGAACAUAUAACAGCAGAAGUUGCUACAGAUCAUAGCCUGAACUAUCCUCUACAGAAAACUACCGUGCAACAUAGUCAUCAUCAAUUUGUACACAUUUGCGCCAUUGUUUAACCCAGGCAUCAAAACUAUUUUGGAAAAAUUCAGGGUUUUGCUUCGUGACCCAUGAUUUUAAAGCUGUUUUAAUGUAAUUCAUGUCAUUGAAUCUGAAACCACGCAGGUUGUCUUUUUGGACCUGUGAAAGACAACCCACAUGGUUUCAGAAUUUUUCCAAAAUGAUUUUGAUGCCUGAGUUAAACGAUGGCGCAAAUGUGUGCAAAUUGAUGGUGGCUAUCUUGAAUGGUAGUUUUGUAUAGAGGAUAGUUCAGCCUGUGAUCUGUAGCAACUUCUGCUGUUGCAUGUUUGUUCAUAACAUUUUUAUAACACAGGAGGCAAAAGUUUUUGACCUACCCGCAUGUAAGUUUUAACUAUAUUCACUCCUUCACACACUGAGGUUUGGGAAGCAGCCCUCGUACUAGCCCUAACUGUUGGGCUACUCUUUGCUUUCUCUAUCCUAGUUUAUAGUUUGAAUCCUCUCAAACACUCCGUUGACCACAGAAGUAUCUGUCCCCUUCUACACUGCCAUAUAAAAUCCAUAUUAUCUGCUUAAUCUGGAUAAUAUGGCAAUGUAGAAGAGGCCUGCAUUCUCAUCAAACAUCUAGAAAGGGGAGAAAUGAGCCCUCAGCUGUGUACUGUAAAGCUUAAUCUACAUUCAACAACUAGCAUUCUUUUUAUAAGGAAGAUUUAUUCAGAAUUAGUCAAUAAUCUAGUCUGAAUUUGAUGUGACACAGUAAAAAAAAAAGUUCAUACCACUGCAUCAAUGCUCUGGACAGGAAAGUGGCAUUUGUAGUAACCAGAGAGAUCAACUCUCUAUGAGAUACAUUACAUUGCCCUAUGUCCUCACCUACACGAUGAGAUAUGAAGUUCUCUGAAGUCUGCACCUGUCAUGGGUAUAUCACUGUACCAUUAUGAAACAACUGUUUUCAGCCAUGGCAUUUGAUUUAGUCAAUUCCUCCCACCUUAUGCUUGUUGAGAGUUAUAGAAGUUGUCCAACAGAUCGAAGGGACAGCAGGCUGAGAAAUUUGGUGGACUGUAGUGUGGACCUGAGCCUUGCUAUCUACCUAAUCAUUUGUGUCCCAUGACAUGAGAUGAACAGGCAUGUGGAAAUUAAAGGGUAAUGUGACUAGGCUGAUCGUAAUAAUGCCUUAAGAGUCACAUCACCAGUAUUCAGGUAUUUAUAUGUGUGUGUGUUCAUUUAUUUGUAAUAGUGUGAUGCUUCCAUUUCUUUAAAAAAUGUUCCACUCCUUUCUCCUUUCAAGCUGCUUCUAGUCACGGUUUUUUUGUUGUUGCUUUCUGGAUGAAUCAUGGUCUACAUGGCAUUGUCUACAAGGUGUAACACUCCUGUAUUUUUCACACUCCAUUAAGUAAGAAAAAACAGAUUAGCUACUCCAUGUGUUUUGAUUGAUAGGGUGCUUCUAGCACUAGGGUAUUUGAAUGACUUCCAGAGAAUUAGAAUGACUAACUCUAACUGGAAAGCACUGAUUAUUGCAAGAACUAUAGAAUGACUGGAUUUCUCAGCCGACCGAAAAAAAUUAUGACUGUUUCACAUUUGUAGACUUAAUCAAGAAUGUAUCCUUAUUUUGAUUUUGCAAAUAUAUACAAACCUGGUGUGUGUUGGUAACCACAGAUUUGUAGGUUUUGUUCACAGGCAGCUCUUGUCUUAACUAGAAAUGUACUAUGUUAAAGAGGUAAAGUGGUCUAACUUAUCAAAUAAACUAAUAAAUGGAUGACAUCAUA